GUGACAAGGUCUUAAAAGAUGCAGGGAAUUUGGUUUGGGAAGAAUAUCAGCAUUGGUGAAACAUUUAUUGUGAUUGAUUAUUAGCAAAAUAAUUAAACUGGUGUCCCGAUUUCACAUUUCAUGGGUUUUAUCUGGUCCUCUUCAGCUACAAUAUAAGGAGGCAGAGGGUUUAUCUUUCUUUCAGGUUCCUAUGGCAAUAUGCUGCACACCACCUAAGUGAUCCAACCAUGGUGCUGAUCAAGAUCGAGCAUUUGUUCCACACUUCAUUAGUUUUGGAGGGGAACGGGUUGGCAGCAGGGACCAGAAAUGAAAGGGACCUGAGAGGGCAUCUGAGACUCCAUCACCAGCUCAUAGAAGGCCAAGAAAGUUGAGAGCUUCAGAUCUAUAAUUAAGGGGUGAGGAAGGAAAUUCAACUUCUAUAAUUAAAGGGUUCCCAGCAAUUUAGCCAUCAUUGAUUCUCUGAUGGUUUCUGGUCCUCCCAUGUCUAAGAUUUGGUUGAGACCAAAUUCAAUAGAAAUAAGAAAUGGUAUUCCAAAUUCUGUAAAAGCUAUUGUUUGGCAGGAUAGAUUGUACCUUCUAAUUUCAGUCACUGUCAGCCCAUGUAAAACUUUCCAUGUACUAAUAAAAAUAAACAUGUCUU